AUGGACGCGGACGAUGGCCAAUCUUUGCUCAGCCAACGUCGUGGCCACAAUCGCCGACAUUCAAAAGUUUACGAUCGUAUGGAUUCCUGGGUGAAACUUGUCAAGGUUGGGACGAUCAAGCUUAUGGUCACCGUUUUCUUUGGCGGUAUACUCUGCAUCUGUCUGAAAGCCUGGGAAGGCUUCAGCCACCCUCUCGCACUGUCUGUAUACGACGUUCGGAUCUUCAACGCUCUUACUAUCGCGAUCUCGAUUUGCCUGGGCCUCAAUCUUCUAUCCUCGCUUAGGCGAUACGCCGUCAUCCUUCGCUGGGCGAUACUCACUAAACGACACGUGUCGAUGGAGGCAUUCGAUCUCAUCUUGGGAAUUGAUGAGUUGACCAAUGUUGUUAAGCUAAUGGUUCUGUCCUUGCCGAGCUUGCGCAAACGGAAGUGGCUUAUAGGCAAGCCCCGAAAUUAUGUAGACAUGAACCCUGGAACGAACCAUUGGUACGUGUACGCAUGUGCGGUGUGGCUGCUUGUCAACAUCGGGAGUCAGGUUCUGGUCGCUUCACUUAGCUUGUUCUGGCCGAUGCAGCCGUAUGAAUGUCAGCUCACGAAGUAUGGCCAAGUGGCCGUGGCGGAUUUAUCAGGCUGGGUUGACAAUCCAGACAAUGUGAGCCCCCAGAUUACAGCCUGGACGUACGGCAUGGACGCUCAGUCAUGGCCAUGGUUUCCUGCAAACGAAUCACACACGGAACUCUCGAAGCUGCCAGGAACUCCAGUAUACAAGGCCUUGGACAACUCUUCCUACGAAUACCGUUUCUUCUAUCGGAACCCAAACUCCCUGUACAGCGACUACAAGCAAAGUGAUCGUUGCAUACAGACUAGGGCGACCUGUGACGAGUAUGACAUCCAGGGGCCCAUCCAAGCCAAGCCAGCCCGACACGUCGUCGCCAGAGUACGAGGAACAGAAAGCUGGGAUAACGUCUCUAUACCAUUGAACGGGUACGGUAUGAUCACAUAUAUAUCGCAUAAGAAAAGCUGUGCCCCCCGGUGUUCAACCAUCGACGUCUUCCAGUAUGAAGACGAAGAAGAUGCGGACAAUAAAGCCGUCACAAAGACCUCCUUAUGGAGAUGCAAGAACACUGUACAUUCAAUCUGUAAUACAGAAGGAAUAAACCAUACCGGCAUCGAUGUCAACGAUCAGCGCAUCUACAGCAAUGAUACAUUUGCUCAGCUUGCUGCUGGUGCAAUCGGCUGGACAGGAGUUACUCAAUCUGGUAUAUCAGACCUACAAUUUCGUGCGUAUCCUCAAGGUACGCCGUGGUCUCCCAGGGAACUUGUCGACACCGCCAAGGUCCAGGAUAUUAUCAUGCGUUUCACGAUUGGUGCAAUAGCUGCAUUCGAUGAUCAUGGCAUCCGGCACAACAUCACCAUCAACCAUGAGGUCUGCAACAAGGACAGUCAGCGGCUAAAUGUCAGUUGGCGAUACUUAUCGAGCAUUCUGGCCGCGAUAGGGUUAAUUCAAUUCGGGGCCUUGUGUUAUCUGCUCGCAAGGGCAAACCGCGCUAUCGUUCGAGAUGCAAGCUUCUUCAGCACCGCAAUGCUCUUGAAACCUGUCCUUGAAGAAAUUGGAGAUGAGCCAGGGCUCACGGCCAUGAGCGGAGAAAAGAUCAAAGAUCAUCCAAAGUUGCGUUACAGGAAGAUCAUAUAUGGCUAUGAGGAUAUGCCGAAUGGCGAACCCAGGCGGAUCAAGGUUCUCUUCCAGCGCAGUGAAAAGGGGCAUAAGAAGGGGAAGUGGCCAUCUGGCGAAUAUGGUGGAUAA